AUGGUGAGCACUUGGAGAGCUGGAUGGCGCGUAGCCGUCGUGGGUGCUGGGCCCGGCGGCAUUUCAACGGCCAUCGCCAUGAAAAAGGCAGGCUAUGAUGUCCGUGUCUACGAGAAGACAGAUGAGCCAAGGCCACUGGGAGGCGCUGUUCUGCUGCCGGUGCCGGUCCUGGCGGUGCUGCGUUCAUACGGAAUUGACAUAGGCGACAUCUUCGGGAGGAAGACGGUCAUGCGUUUCUGCAACAGCAAGGGCAAGUUGAGGGCCGUCUUGCCAUUCAACAAGGAGACCGAAAAGGCCUUCGGCAUCGAGGGCUGGCUUUAUGGCACUCUGCGUCCAAUUGUCUUCGGGAAGAUGCUCGAUGCAGCGAAGGUGUUGGAUCCGGGGAUGUUGUUUCCAAGCCAUGCUCUGACGUUCUACGAAGAUCGCGGCGAGGACGUCGUCCUGCAUUUCGAAAACGGCGCGGAGGUGGUUGCGGAUCUGUUGAUCGGUGCCGAUGGCAUUCGGUCCGUGACGGCGGCCCAGGCCUUCGGCGAUCUGAAGCCUUUCCACGUUGGGCUACGGGCGUUCCGGGCAUGGUGCGAGGAUCUGCCUGGACUGUCGGGCGACGUCGGCGUAGUCCACAACGCGCGCAACGUUCAAGCCAGCUAUUACCCAAUUCAGCUCGACGGGGGCAAGCCCGGCUUUGCGUGGUGGGUGAUAGAACGGUCCGACCCAAAGGAGGCACCGCCCGUUGACCCCGUGGCGCAUGUGCGGGCCCUGCUCUCCCAGUUUGCGCAUCCCAUGCCUGUCGUCCUUGACCACACCGACCUCGACAGGAUGUAUCGGUGGGAGAUAUACAACCGGCCCCCCCUCCAGUCCUGGUCUUCGGGUCGGUUCGUGGGCGUGGGCGACGCGGUGCACCCAUUAUCGCCCUAUGGUGGCUACGGCAUGGGCAUGGCGAUUGAGGACGGCUAUUUCCUUGCCAGGGCCUUCGCUGGAGGUGAUCUGACCGAUAGGUCCGUCGUUGACCGGGCCUGUGCCCGGUAUGAGGGCGAGCGCGUGGCCGGUGCCAAUCAGUACAUGGCAUUCGCUCGCAAACUUGGUGCUCGGUUGCAUGACAGCCCAGCGCCAGUGGCACUCCUACGAGACUUUGUCCUUGACAACACUUGGAUGAUGCAAAGGAUGCUGAACAGACAAUACAUUGCGCUGGCUGACAGGAUGUCACUGGCUUUGCGCGAAUUGCAUGUGACAUGA